GGCUGAAAACAUUUGGGGAAAACAGGAAGAAAUUCAGGGUUUUUUAUCUGCAAUGAGAGGUGAACAGACUGAAAAUGGAGAUAACUCAACAAACUCGAGCGAGAUGCUGAUCAACCAGCUGAGGGAGAUCACCGGCAUCCAGGACCUACAGAUUCUCUACAGAGCCUUGAAUGCCAGUCAAGGUGACAUUGGACAUGCCGUUGGACUCCUGACAACCCAGCCUGCAGAGGUUCAGGAUCCUGGAGAACUACAGGAUUCAGGGACCUCUGGUGAGGACUGGGAAGGCCAGAAAGGACUUCCUAAAGAUGAACUGCAGACCGCCAUAGAACUCAGCCUGCAGGAGUCCCAAAAUGCCCAGGAAGAGGAGAGAGAAUUUAAUAGGGCUCUGGAGGCCAGUGCAGAGGAGAAUGCAGCAAGGAUGAAGAGGAAGAGAUGUGAAGCCCAGAGUGAGAUGUGCAGCCCUGCAGACUGGAUCCGUCAGGACGACUGGCCCGUGGGCAUUCGCAAUGUUGGAAACACCUGCUGGUUCAGUGCUGUUAUCCAGUCACUGUUCCACCUGCCUGUGUUCAGGAGGUUGGUCCUCAACUACCAUCUGUCUGAGCAAGUACUGGAGAAGUGUAAGAGCCACUCCGACAAGAGGAACAUAGCUUUCAUGCAGGAGCUUCGCUGUCUGUUUUCCCUCAUGGUGGGCUCCACUCGAAGGUUUGUGGAUCCUUCUGCUGCAGUGGAGUUACUGCGAGACGCCUUCAGGACCAAUGAGGCCCAACAGGAUGUUAGUGAGUUUUCCCACAAACUGCUUGACUGGCUAGAGGAUGCAUUUCAACUGGCUGCGAAAGAAAUUUGCGCAGAAGACAAGCAACAAAACCCCAUGGUCCAGCUUUUCUACGGUACCUUUGUGACAGAAAGAAUACACGAGGGUAAGACUUUGUGUAAUAUUGAGCAGUUUGGCCAGUACCCCCUGCAAGUGAAUGGCUUCAACAACCUGGACGAAUGCCUAGAAGGUGCUAUGGUUGAGAAGGAGAUCGAGUCACUACAUUCAGAUCACAGCAUCACGUCUGGCCGUGAGAGAUGGUUCAAAAAGUUACCACCAGUCUUGACAUUUGAACUGUCUAGAUUUGAAUUCAACACCCAGCUCGGACGUCCAGAAAAAAUACACAAAAAACUGGAGUUCCCACAAAUCAUUUAUAUGGACAGAUAUCUUCACAAAAACAUAGAGCAGGCCCACGAGAGGAGAGUAGAGGUGAAAAAACUCAAGGAACAACUUGCAGCCCUUCAACAGAAACUUGAAUGCUACAAAAACUAUGGCUCAGGACCUACUAAGUAUCCUCUGGCUGACAUGUUGCAGUUUGUGCUAGAGUUUGCUACCACCAAGCCUUCAAGUGUUUCCCCAGCUGAAGAUCUGAGACCAACAUCACCUUCACCGACACCAGCAAGCCACCCCCUCAGUGAACCCAUCUCCAAAGACAACAGUGAACCUGGAGACACAGAGUCAUCUGAGGGCCUGGUUUCCAGUGUUUCCAGUUGCCAGCGGACCCCCAUAUACAAGCCCUUCACCCAGUGCAAACUCCCAAUUGACUGCCCACCCCACCCAGCCCCCCACAGCAUUACUGAAGAAGAGUUGCACUUUGUUAAGACCUGCCUACAGCGUUGGAGGACCGAAGUAGAAAAUGACAUAAUUGAGCUAAAGGCCAGCAUUGACAGGCUCACUCAGAUGCUGGAGGGCAUGUACUCAGACAACAAUCUCUGCCAGGUACCCUACAGACUCCAUGCCGUGCUCGUCCAUGAAGGCCAGGCAUCAGCAGGUCAUUAUUGGGCCUACAUCUACGACCAUGCCAACAAGCGCUGGAUGAAGUACAAUGAUAUUAGCAUCACUGAGUCAUCAUGGGAGGAACUGGAGCGGGACUCAUUUGGGGGCUUGACCAAUGCCAGUGCCUACUGCCUGAUGUACAUUGAUGACAGGAAACCCCACCUUAUUACAGACGACACAGAUGAUGAGACAGGCCAGGUGCUGCAUGGCAUGGACUCGCUGCCACCCAUCCUCAGACGCUAUGUCCUUGAAGAUAACCGCUGGUUCCAGCAGGAGCUCAGUGAAUGGGAAGAGCAGUUCUGCCAGACUGCAACCCCACAGGGAGAGUCUACAGCCUCUGCAGAGCCCCCAAACCCCAGUCCAGACAAUAUACACCAAAUACCAGUUGAGCCAGUGCCCCAGUCAGGACCAUCCACUGAAGAGCUGGAACAGGAAGCUUCUUCAGAGCCACAACCAGACCCAGAAGCAGAGAAGGAUCUGGAGCCUGAUCCCAGAGAGAAGCCUGAAGAAGAAGCAGAGUUAACGCCACCACCACCACCACCACAGAGCCCUGGCUGCCAGCCAGAGGACACCAGUGGUGCAGUAGUCACUGACACCAUGGGGCCCAGCCAGAGUUCCAGCACAGAUGAGAAGGAGCUUCAGAGUCAGACUCCUUGCCCUGAAGCAGAGCUUAGUGAACAGGCACCAUCUGACCCCCAUGUGGAGAAGGAACACAAACAGGUGGCAGGCCUUGGCCUUCAAGCUGAAGUUGAGCCAGAGGCUUCCAGAGAAGCUCCUGACCAUGACACAAACCCGGAGGAUGAGGAGCAGCAGGAGGUCCCAGCUAGACAACGACAGACUGAGAACGAAGUUUCAGAAGUGGAGAUCCCGAACGUGGGCAGGAUCAUGGUGAGAGCUGAUGCUGAUGGAUACAACGAAGAGAUGAUGCUGACACCAGCUAUGCAGGGCGUCAUUCUAGCCAUAGCCAAGGCCAGACAAACAUUCGAUAAGGAAGGCCCUGAGGCUGGCCUCAUCAAGGCCUUCCAUGAGGAGUAUUCCCGCUUGUAUGAACUCUCCAAGGAGGAGACCACACCCCAGGAGGAUGCUCGUCUGCAGCAUUCUCUGGUCUACUUCUUCCAGAACAAGGCACCCAACCGUAUUAUUGAGAGGACGCUGCUGGAGCAGUUUACUGACCGAAACCUGAGCUUCGAUGAGAGGGCCAUCAGUAUCAUGAGGGAAGCCCGAUCCAAGCUGCGCCUCAUCAAGCCAGAGGACAUGGAUAUGGAUGAGUAUUUGCAAUGGCAUGAUGACUACAGGCUGUUCAGAACGGUUUUUGUCUACCUGCUGACCGGGCUGGAGCACUACAAGCAUGGGAAGAUGCGGGAGGCGCUGACAUACCUGGCUCAUGCAUACGAGACUAAUGCCACCCUCCUGAAGAACGGAGACAAACGUGGCAUGGACAAGUCUCUAAUUGCAGUUUACAGGAGGAAGUGCCUCACUGCACUGAAUGAAAGCGCAUCGCGGCUAUUUUGCAGUGGUGAAGAGACCAAUGUGGAGGAGGGUGUCGCCAUCAUGGACGAGGCCGUCAUCCCAUGCCUUCACCUGAUGAGCCGGGACUCUGCUUUAUCCCAGGAAGACCGGGAUGCAAUGGAGAGUAUCCGCAGCCACUGGUGCUGCUGCCUGGGCCAGGACAUGGAUGACUCAUUGCAGGUGAAGCUGGGAGAGUUUCUGCCCAGGGUUUUGGACGGUUCAGCUGAGACAGUAGUUCUUAAAGACCCACCCAAAGUCCACGUCAGUCAGGCCCAUGAUCUGUGCAGUCGUCUGGCCGCUGUCAUGGAGUCUAUCCACAACACUGCAAUAGUCAGCGUUAAGUAAAGCCCUGAACGAAACCCCAAACAACAUCUUUGAGCUGUGCGUCCUAACUGCUAGCAACUUGGCCAACUUUUUUUUUUUGCUGGUUUAACAUUGCACAUGCAUAUUAUUUUGAUGUUUUAACAUAACAAGCUGUAAUCACUUUUCAGGGGUAAAUAGAGGGUGAGGCAGGGGUAUCAAAACAUUACAACAGUAGUAAUUUUAACCCAAAAGCUGCUGGAAAACUCUCUCAAUGAUCAAAAUACAUGUAAGCCCUGCACCACCCAUCAACAUCAGCAACCCCCAGCCAGCUGACAAAAUACUAACUGUCCUUAAUAAUCCUAAAGCCCUUAAAGCAGCAGCAGGUGAAGCAAAAGGCCCAAAAGGUAGCAGUCCACUGUAUUCUCUUUGUCCCGUGACCUGCAGAACUGGCAAACCUAAUGCAGUUUUUGUUUCUUCUGGUACUAUGUAGUGACUCUGACCUUUGUCCUAAAGGUUUUAUAGAGAACUGUACCGGUUUAUAUAGCUGUUACCACCUUUUUGUCUGUGUUGCACUCGCCAGCUGAACAGUUAUUCAUGAAACCAACCUGCUGAACAAACAAGACAUCAUCAGCAGGAGAACAUGGAGGUGUUUUAUUGGCCUGGCACACUUAACUUUAAAUACUGACAACAAUUGGACUGUCACUCAACUCUGUAGGAAGUGGCUUUUGAUUGGUAGGAUUUGUUGUUGUGUUGCUAAGCUGAACGCACAUUAAGGCCUUUAAACAAGGCUAAAAAAACACUAGAUUUGUACUAGACAGUAACAAAUACUGUUUAUGAGCUUUUUAAAUAUAUGUUUUAUAUUACUUUGUAUCUUUUCAAUACAUAUUCUACAUGAAACUAGAAUGAAACAUCUGUAAACAAUAUCUAAAGUACUAGUAUGCAUAAAAAUAUUGGCGGUGCGCUCUGUACAACUCACUGCUGGGCAUCUGAACGCUCAUAUAUAGAGAUCUCAGUAGAUCUGUGGACUGGUGAGAUCUACAACUCUUCUUUAUUCAAGUUUGACAGGGCACUGUUGGACAGCACCUUGCUCAAUAGAUGUGCCUUUCCUCACCCUUUAAAGGGUUCUUCUUAAACUAUGUAAAUCCAUUGAAGGGAAAGAACAAGAUAUGAAGUACUUUUUUCUGGUG